UUAACUUUCGUAGAGUGAACACAAUAUUGUGGCAAUAUAGUGAUUAAAGAAGGAAUUGCUUAAUAAUUUGAAAUAAAAAAACUUAUUUUCGUACAUGGGAAUAACUUUUCUCGGAUGGAAGUUCUAGAGAACUGGGAGUUAAACUUCUCCUUAAACCUGAACCUAAACCUUGAGGACAGGAUAUCCUCAGCCUCUGGUAGUCCUCAUUCAUCCUCUACUCCAGAGAGUGUUCCGACCAGUCCUUAUAUUGGUAAACUUAUUAAGGACUUUCGCGGGAUCAGAGUUUCUCCAAACAAGAGUCAUGACUCCGGAUAUUCAGAUUCGGAGGAGGGAGGACGAAGUUUUCUUGAGGAUCGCCUGCUAUCGGAGGAUGGAGGACGUAGCUAUCUUGAAGAUCGUCUUCUAUCGGAGGAGGAUGGACUGAGCUAUACAGAGGAUCGUCUGCUCACUGAGGACCUUGAGCGAGGAUAUCUGAAUGUUCCCUUGAACCAUGGUCUCCUAGAUAUAAACAGGAUAAAGUUUAGUUUGAAGCAGCUUGAGUGCGACUAUCUUUUGUUCGAACAGGAACGGAGAAAUUUCUUCUAUUUACAGGAUGAGCAGCAUUCUUUACAGGAGCUGCUUCGAGGGGAGCAGUUUUUCCACAGAAAGCAGUCAAUACGAGAGCUGCGAAAAGAAGUUAGUAGAGUUACAGUUAAUCCUGAAGAGCAGUUGAGGCAGGAGCAGUCUUUUCCAGAGCAGCUUAGCGCAGAACCUGCUGAGCAUAUACAGGAGAGUCUAGAUUUGAAAACUGUAAAACAGGAAGAUCUCAUUUUAAAUGAUGAACUGAAGAAAGAUGUUCCUUCCAUUUUGUGCAAGCAAAACGAUUUCUUCUACUCACAAAACAGCGCUAGGGAUGCAAGUUACAUAACUCGGGUAUAUGUUUCCAGUGAAAAUACAGCACUUAUAGAGCACUCAGACACACACACAGACAGACAAACAUCAAUCACUGUUAUCAAAAAAGAACCUCUGGAGAAAGAAAAAGAUACUUUGAAAGUAAGUAAAAAAAAAGAUCAUCCGAAACCGGAGGAAAUCGAGGAAAGAUUUUCUAGUCUGAAUUCAGUAACUCCUUCCCCUCCCAGAAGUAGUCUUGGGUACUUGGAUAAUCUAAGAAUUAGUAGUCCUGGGUACCCUGAGAACCUGAGAAUCAGUAGUCCUGGAUACCCUGAGAACCACCUGAGAACCAGCAGUCCCGGGUACCACGAGAACAUAAGGAUCAUUAGUCCUGGGUACCCUGAGAAUCUAACCUUGCAGAAUUCUAGUCAAACACCUUCUCCGAACUGCAAUCUUUCUGGUCCAACCAACACUUUCUAUUCUCCGACCCAAAUUAUAAACCCUUCAAAUGAUAUUUAUCCAAGAAGAAGAAACUCCACUAGUCUAGGAAGAUCAAAAGCUUCUUUUCGGUCCUCACUGCCCCGCUCUGUCUCCGUCCCGCGUCCUCCCUCCGCCUCAAGGCGGAACAAUGACACAGAUUCCGCCAUUAUCGGUCACUCCGCCAAACUGGAAGAGUCUGUGAAUCUGAGAAUAUCUCCAGUUGUCCAGAAUGGAAAAGAAUAUCUCGGACCGGUGAAAGACUGGUUAAAACAAAUUCAAAGCUGGAAUGCAGCAGAAUGUACAAAUAUACUGCAAGCCAAGUCCCUAUCAUCUGUGCCAGUAUCUACGAAUACCCUGAGAGCCCUACGACGGGUUCGAACCCAAGGACGAAUUAUCUCCAGGCUGUUUGUUAAACUGUGCAGGGAGCUCGGAGCAGGAAUCCAGGGGAGCUACAUGUCCAACCUGAGGGAUCUGGAGACAGGGAUAGAAAUCCUGAUCAGUAAAUUCAAUAAAUGGAGCUAUACCAGCUCCCGUAAGCUAAACAGUAGACCUGGAGAAACAGAUCAUGUUUUGACAUAUCACAAGAAUAUUAAUAACAUUAUUCACAAGAUAAAGAUCUGUGUGUCCAGGGUUGUAAAGAAGAAUCUGACUGAGAUUAUAAGUUUACUACGUGAGUUUGGAUCUGUUUUUAGUUCUCUUAUAGAAACUCUACUAACAGAUAUAGUACGGGAGAGUAUAGAUAUA